AUGAAGGUAUGCGAUCAAGGAGUAGAUAUUCGCCAAGUGCGAUAAUUGUUUUAAUGAUUAAUACAGUAUAUCUUUAUUUCUUAAACAAAUUAUAAAUGACUACAUUGGUCUGUGACAGACGACAAAGAAAUAUAAAAUUGGACCGUUAUUUUUCGUCUCAUUAAAAAUGGACCUUUAUUUUUUAUGAAUUAACGGAAUAAAGUUAAUUAAAAUUAUUAGUAUAAACAAACAUGUUAAAUUAUUGUUGCUGAUGUAUGUGAAAAGCAGCGAAAACUGUCAAAAAUAUGUAUCGAUCGUGUGCAAGUUGAUAAUGAAAAGACUUUAAUAAGGAACCAUUAAUACACCAGUGUUAUGUUUAAUCAGCCUGGAAAACUAUAAAAACUGCGUCACUGCAAUCAAAUCUUACAAGAUCUUUGGCAUAUUAAGUAAAUAACAAUGAGUGGAAAACGGUCAGGAAAGAAAGGAAAGUCUCGCGUGAGUUUUGUGGAAGUGGAAAAACCUAAGACGCGUCUUGACAUAAUGAAAGCCGAGUUAGAUCAAAUGCGACGAAGAGACGAAGAAAAAGAACGAGCGUACGAGGAACACAGACAACAGGAGAUUCGUAAAAUGCGAGAGAAGAUGGAGGCGGAGAGACGUGAGAAGGGUUUACAAUUGUUACCCGACUCGAGGCUCAGUAAACAAGAUAUCAAGAAGAUGUUACAUGGUGAAGAGAAACAUCUGAGGAAAGAAGAUCUCAUGAAACAAGCAGCUGAAACAUCGCAAAUGAAAAAUGAAAUAAGUAUGAAGCAUGGAACACAUAUGAAAAAGAAGGCCCCAGAUUUGAUGAAACUCGCGGAGGAAUUCGCUACGCCUCAAAAGACUUCAAACACGUUCGGUUUACCAGACAGAGUGAUACGAGAGUUAACCCUUGAUGAGAUUAUGGAUCUAAAGAAAGUAUUUGACAUGUAUGACGUGGCUGGUGCUGGAUACAUCAGUAGAAAGGCUGUGAAAAAUAUUUCUGCGAUUCUUGGAUUUAGAGCCAGUAAGGAGGCAAUAAAAAAUACACUCGAUUCCUUCAUCAAAGAUCCGGCUGGUAAGGUAACGUUUGUAACAUUUCUAGAGUUUAUAAUCAAACAUCAGGAAGGAAACGACCCUUUUGAAGAGGCCCAGCAGUGCUUCAGAAUUUUAGAUCGUGAAGACAAAGGUUAUUUAACGUUUAGUGACAUCCGGCUUGCAGCAGACGAAGUGGACUGUCCGUUGUCCAAUAAUCAAAUACAGGAAAUGCUUGAUGAAGCAGACACAAGCGGGAACGCCGAGGUGGAACUAGGAGAAUUUGUUAUGAUGAUGUUACGAACUAGUGCAUUCAAAUUCUAGUGUGUUAAUUAUUACAUUUUGUUAAUUAUUACAUUUGACUUUGUACAGUAAAUAAAAGAUUAAGAAAAUAAAGUAUAUUUGUUUAAAAAGUCUUUUAAAAUAUAAUAAAAAUGAUGAAAGUGAAUAAGCAAUAACAAAUAAACUAAAGAUGAAAUGAUUUUGAUCAUUGCCACAUUUAGCAGAACGCCAAUAUAGCUUUCAGUGGUAAAUGAAAUGCAGUUUUCUUUUGUUGUUGUUGUUUGAUUUUUCUCUAUUCUAUUAAUACACUCCUUCCCAGUUUUAAUGGUGCAUCAUAGUAAGAUUCUUUUUGCAAGAUAUAUUUGAUUUUAUAACUAUUUUAUAUCAAUUUUUUCCUAACUAUAUAUAUGACCAGACACAGGCUGUCGACUUGUAUAAUUAGGGACAUAUUAGGCGCUAUAUUUGCAUCUUUUUCUCUACGUCUGUAUAGAUAAGCAGAACUUGUAUACAGAAUACAAACAUAUAUGUUCCUUAUAUUACGAUCAAGAAACGCAGACAUUUAGUGAAGAGGUUGGUCAUUUUUGAAAAUUUGUAAAUAUUGC